AUGGCCUGGUGGAAAGUCAGCUCUGCUGGGAAAGAUAUCAAUCCUGACCUGGCCAGUGAGAGGGUGUCCCCUUCUUUCAAUGUGGAGACUCUCACUAACAUCCUGGAUGGAGGGGCAGAGGAAACCCAACGUAGGAGAUCAGUGGUGAUCACCAUUCAGAAGGACCCAGUGUUCAGCCUUGAGAACCUGUACUUCAAGACCCAAUCUGAGAGAUACGAAGGAGCUGUCCGAAAUACUUUCCAUCUAAAGAAAAAAAUGAAGGACUUGGGAUGGGAAGAAAAUGGAAGAGAGAUGGAAUAUGCCCACAGGGCUCUCAGUGGAGAAUACUCUCUUAACAUCCACGGCGUCUUCAUACGAUCCCUCACUGCACUGGGUACUGAUGAGCAAAUCGCCAAGUGGCUGCCACUUGCCAACAACUAUCAAAUCUUAGGAACCUACGCUCAGACUGAGCUGGGACAUGGCACUUAUCUUCGAGGUUUAGAAACCACUGCCACCUUUGAUCCCACAACACAGGAAUUUAUCGUUGACACGCCAAACAUUACAGCAACAAAAUGGUGGCCAGGAGAGUUAGGAAAGACCAGCACUCACGCUGUUGUCCUGGCCCAAUUAUGUAGCAAUGGAAAGUAUUAUGGCAUGCAUCCUUUCAUUGUUCCCGUCCGGAGUCUGAAGGACCACUCUCCACUCCCAGGAAUAACCGUUGGUGACAUUGGGCCCAAGAUGGCCUUUCAACAGGUUGACAAUGGAUACCUCAUGAUGAGAAACAUUCGUAUUCCAAAGGAAAACAUGCUAAGCAGAUUCUCCGAGGUUCUGCCCGAUGGCUCCUAUGUGAAACGUGGGUCCGACAAGAUCAAUUAUUUCACUAUGAUUGCAAUACGGGUUGCAAUGAUCGGCGGUGAGGUUGUGGAUUCGCUGAUGAAGGCAUGUACAUCGCGGUGAGGUACUCUGCAGUCAGACGUCAAUCAGAGUUAAAACCCGGAGCCCAAGAAGCUAAAAUCCUUGAUUACCAAACCCAGCAACAAAAGCUGUUGCCUCUCCUGGCAACUUGUUAUUCCAUUCAUUUUAUGGCCAAACACAUGAAUGUAUUUUACAACGAGACCUUCAAAGAGAUUAGGGUGGGGAAUUUUAACUCUCUAGCUGAGCUCCACGCUAUUGCUUCUGGCCUAAAAGGAUUUUCUACAGAGGUUUCCUCCAGUGGUGUGGAGGUUUGCCGCAAAGCCUGUGGAGGUCACGGCUACUCUCUGUACAGCGGACUGCCGACACUUUACACCAGGAUUGUGGCUUCAUGUACUUAUGAAGGGGAAAACACCGUCCUACACCUACAAGCUGCAAGG